AUGCCUCGACGAAACAUUAUUGUAACUGGUGCUACAGGACGACAGGGACGAGCGUUUAUACACGCGCUUCUCAGCUCACCGACUGCCACUGACCCAAAUGAUACAACAUACCAUGUUUGGGCCGUGACGCGAAAUACUACCUCGCCUUCCACGGCAUUGCUCCUAGACGCUGAAAAGGCACAUGUGAAUGACAUCACCGCAAUUCAAGGCGAUCUCAACAAUGGCGCAAGAAUGAAAGAAAUCUUUUCGGAAAUAGCUGCCCAGGGCGGCAUCUUUGGCGCCUUUAUUGUCCUCGCUUAUCCGGGCCUUGGAAACAAGAGCGACGAAGAGGAGAGACAAGGCAAGAUGCUUGCGGGUCUGGCACUCGAGUUUAAACUCGACGCGUUCGUUUAUUCGAGCACGAUCCCGCCUGGUCCAGAUCUAGAUGACGCCUUUGAUGCGAUCGUGCGACCUGGCUUUUUUAUGGAAAACUUUGAUGGAUUUAUGGGAUCGCUCGCCGUUGCCAUUCUUUCCCAAGGACUCAGGAAGGAAACGGAUAUAGCACUCGUUGCAUCCCAAGAUAUUGGCAAAGUUGCUGCUGGAAUCUUCCAGGUAGAUCCAUCCUCACAAUAG